AUGAGAAAGGAAGUGGUGGCGCUGGCAGCAGUGACAACAGUGGCCGUCGUGGCCGUAUUGGUGAGGCAGUACUCAAGAAGAAAAGAAAGGCAGAGGAAGCAAACGCAACGCAUUUUGCGUAAAUUUGCAAGGGAAUGCGCCACUCCUGUGCCCAAACUUUGGGAAGUGGCCAAUGCAUUGGUGGCUGAUAUGGAAGCAUCUCUUGUUUCUCGGGAGGAAACUAGCACCGGCCUCCCCAUGCUUGUUUCCUAUGCUGCUUCAUUGCCUAAUGGGGAUGAGAAGGGCCUAUAUUAUGGGUUGAAUUUGCGAGGAACCAAUUUCAUAAUUUUGUGUGCUCGGCUUGGAGGGAGAAAUGAGCCUAUUUCUGAUUUACAUAGGAAGGAAAUUUCCAUACCCCCAAAUGUGGUGUUCGGUACCUCUCAGGAGUUAUUCGACUACAUUGCCGCGGAGCUAGCAAAAUUCGUUUCAGAACAUCCCCCAGGUGACACUAAUGAUGGGCCAGAAAGAGAGAAGAAACUGGGUUUUACUGUGUCAUAUCCAGUGGAUCAAGCCGCAGCUACCUCUGGCUCUGCUAUUAAAUGGAAGAGCUUUUCAGCUAAUGACAAAGUUGAGAAAGCAUUUGUCAGUGACAUCAAUCGAGCUUUGGAGAAACAUGGUCUCAAGUUCCGAGUUUUUUCACUUGUUGAUGAUACUGUAGGAAAUUUGGCUGGAGGUAGAUACUAUAACAGGGGCGUUGUAGCUUCAGUGACUCUAGCUAUGGGUUCAAAUGCUGCAUAUGUAGAACCAAAAGAAGCAGUUCUUAAAUGGCAAGAGCCAACGCCAUUAUCCAAUCUGGACGAGUUGGUUAUCAAUACAGAAUGGGGAAACUUCAAUUGCUCAAACCUUCCAAUAACUGAAUUUGAUUCCAGUUUAGAUGCAGAAAGCUCGAAUCCUGGUUGCAGGAUCUUCGAGAAGCUUACCUCGGCAAUGUACUUGGGAGAAAUUGUAAGAAGAGUCUUGCUUAAGAUGGCCCAGGAAACAGCACUUUUUGGAGACGUUGUCCCUCCAAAACUUGCAACUCCUUACCAGUUAAGGUCACCUGACAUGGCUGCCAUGCAUCAAGAUACAUCAGAGGAUCAUGAUGUGGUUGGCGAGAAGCUGAAGGAAAUUUUCUGGAUCACUGAUUCUACUCCAGCGGCAAGGGAGGUUGUGGCUGAGGUUUGCGACGUCGUUGCAGAACGUGGUGCCCGCCUUGCCGGAGCUGGCAUUGUCGGGAUUAUAAAAAAACUUGGAAGAAUUGAGAGCAGAAAAAGUGUGGUAACUGUGGAAGGUGGACUUUAUGAGCAUUAUCGAGUGUUUAGAAACUAUCUCCAUAGCAGUGUCUGGGAGAUGCUAGGCAGUGAUAAAUCAGAUAACGUAGUAAUUGAGCACUCUCAUGGUGGUUCUGGAGCAGGAGCUGUCUUCUUAGCUAGUUGCCAAAACACAGAAUCUUCUUGA